AUGCAUGUCUUCAGAUCGCGCUGGGCGCUUCUGGUGGCAUGUUAUGCAUCAAGAACCAGCGCGCAAGGGAUCCAGCUGGUCAAUGGUCAGAUUUUUACCAGCGGGCUGGCCAUAAUCAAUUCACCGCAGCCUGGUACACCAAUGGGUGGCGAUACCCUGCAUUUAUCAAUUGAGGUCUCGAGUAAUGGCAGAGUCCCGAUACCUCCAUUCCCAGACAAUUUCCGGGCGGGCAUCGCAGGCAUCAACAUCUUCCUGACGAGCACUACCACUGGUCUGAAUCUGACUAUCUCUAAUGGCACAUUCCAAGGCUGGGACCGAGAUGUCUUCGACACGCCGGAAUUCCUUUGCAACGGUACCAUGAGCAAUGGCGAGCAGGAUGCUGGUUGUCAGCAGAUCAUGUUGCAGGAGAGUGGAAGCACUGUCAAGCACGUGAACUGGGUGUGGCCCGAAUGUCUCGUGGGCAAUGGUGGUGCGGACAAUGGUGAUUGUGCUGCCGGUGGCGACCUAACCGAUUGUCUCAACGGCGUCGCUCGAGGAGCGUAUAAUGUCUCAUUUCAUGAAGCACUCCGGGUCAAUGGCUCAGACUUCUAUACCAUCACUGAUCUACCAAUCGGAUCACGAACUCGAUACCAGGCAGCACCGACCUUGCCGAAAGCCAAGUCAGGCCGCGCCAUCCGUCUGCCAGCUGGCCAAGUGAUCACGGACGACACGGUGACUGUUGUUCCUCCACCGGCAGGCAACGACGAUCAGGAUCCGCCUCAGGAUGGCGAUGGCAAUAAUAUACUCAAUCCCGGUAACCCGGGUUCGGGCAAUUUGGGGCCAGAUGGGCCUGGGCCAGCAGACGGCGCUGCAGUCGUCCAGCCGCUCACAGAGUGGUUGCUCUGUGCGAUAGUCUUUCUUGCCGGAUGGCACUUAGUGUAG